AUGCAGCAAGGAAGAGAAUUAGGCACCCCACAUCAUAAAAUCAUGAGCAUAACAACUACUUUCACUGCAUCAUGUGGGCAGAUUUCCCCUAACCUUCACAUUAACAGAUCAGUCAACUCAAUGGUUGAGUUCUACUGUGGAAUCAAAGCAGCACCUAGCAAUCACCAACACUACAGGCAUGAGCGAACCAUUAAUUGGCUGAAAGAUGGAGUGAGUUUGGACGGUAACCUGCCCAACAACAGAAUCACUAAACCUGGCUGGUCUCUGAAAAUUGUCCAUCUGAGAUCAACUGACAGUGGUAACUAUACCUGCAUUGUCAAGUCAGACGUCCACCAGCUGCAGAGAACAUUCUUUCUGAAGGUUUUAUAUGCCCCAGAGAGCAUCCCAAUCAUGGACAAGCGUCCAAGUAAUCAGACAGUCAUUGCUGGGUCAAAGGUCACCUUCGAGUGCACAAGUGUGGUCACCGAGUCUGUAGAGAUGAUCUGGGCAAAGCUACACAAAGUUAACGGCUCCUACGGCUCUGGACCUCUAGUCCACGAUGAUCCACAUGUCACAAUUUUGAAGAACUGGAGCCUGACACAUUCAGCUUUGGUUCUCGAGAAUGUGCAGCCAGCAGAUGAGGGAUGGUACGUGUGUGGAUUCAAAAAUAGCAUUGAUUCGAUUCAUGAAGGAGCAUUUCUGACUGUUCUGGAAGAGGACAUGCAAUCAGCCGUCAAUGUCAGCUACAUCAUCAUCACCAGUGUCAGCUUGUUUGUCUUCCUGCUAAUUAUCAUCAUCAUCAUCGGUGCCGUCUUCUACUACAAACACAAGAAGUUGAGGAUGACUCAGUACAAGCUGUAUCACAAGAAUGAAGCACCAUAUGCUGAACCUCUGGUAAAACCCAGGAGAUGUUCUUCUAGAUCAUCAACCAGCAGUUACCCAUCUGUGGGAUCUGGGUCAUCAAGACUGAGCACACCUCCUGAUGAUGCUUUUGAAUUUCCAAGAAACAGGCUGACCAUCCAUGAAACCCUAGGAGAGGGUGCCUUUGGUGUGGUGAGAAGAGCUGUGGCAUAUGGACCAGGCAGGGUGGAGACCAAAGCUAAUGUGGUAGCUGUGAAGUCAUUGAAAGAUGGUGCCAGCCACGAGGAAAAGUGUGAGUUCCUUAAAGAAGUAGAGGUCAUGAAGUCGGUGAAGAAACUUGGCAGUCACAUCAACAUUGUCAACUUCAUUGGCUGCUGUACUUCAAAUGGUCCAUUAUAUGUCAUUGUUGAAUACUGCAAGAAAGGUAAUCUGCGCGACUACCUCCUGUUGUUCCGAACCCAGCCCAACAGACUGUCUGGCUGGAGUGAGAACGCAGAGAUCUUUGUACAAGGUAUGGAAGGGGAAGAGGCUGUCCAUGCCAAGAAUAUGCUGUCACAGAAAGUGCUCUUGUCCUUCAGCCAUCAGAUUGCUCGGGGAAUGGAAUUUCUUUCUUCCAAUAAGGAUAUUUAUGUUACCACAUUAAUGUAUCUCUUUAACAACAUAAAUGAACUUCUCUGUUGA